UGACAAAAAAGAAAAGACAAGUGAUGAAGUCAAAAUACAAAAUCAAGGGAAGCAAACAUCAAAAUUGAUUGGAAUAUCUGUUCUGCAGCUGAAAGUGGAAGAAUGUGUGGCCCAUAUGCCAAGCAUGCCGUGCCCUGGUGGUGGGCAAUGCGCUAUACACUACCUCAGUACUUUUCACCGUCCAAACCACACAUUGAUAGGGCGAAGAAGUUUUUCAAUCGAGCAGAGUAUACUUUGGGUUCACCAAGACGUGUUUUCUUCCCCGAAUCUCAACGGGAGGAGGGUCCCAAGGCACUACCCGAGAUUGUUGUUAUGGGCCAACCCAAUGUGGGGAAGUCCAGUAUUGUCAGGUCAAUGGUCCAUGAAGAUGUGAAAGUCAUCGUUGCCACAUACAAGGGUACUACGAAGCUGGCACAUUUCUACAAGAUAGGAUUCCGUUUCUUUCUUGUGGACAUUCCUGGCUAUGAGGAAGAUGACAAAGUCAUGGGAAAUACUAUAAUGCGUGAAGUGCUGCAGCGACGGCCAAUGGUAAAGUCAGUGCUGUUCUUGGUGGAUUGUCGCGGUGGACUGACUGACUUAGAACAAUAUCGCAUUCAGCACUUGGAACAGUAUCAUGUUCCUUAUACUUUUGUUGUAACAAAAUGCGACCGUGCGAGUGAGUGGCAGUUGACGAGAACAGUGCGUCAGAUCAAUAAGAUUGUGGAUUCGCCAUGGCAUGUCCGUUGCCACCGAGAAGUGUUCUUGACUAGCGCUAAAGAACAGAUAGGCAUUGACGAGCUGAUGGUGUACAUGUGUGCCCGGGCUGGAGCUAUGAGUGUGAAGAAGACCGAGAUUGAAAAGGAGCAGUCGCUCACCAUACCAAUUGACUGAUGAUGGUGCUACUUGUACAUGUAAUCCCGCAGUGGCAACACUUCGCCGUGUGAAUGUCACUGAGUGAGCGAUGAAUGACCCGCGCAUCACCAUCGACGUGUGCUCAGGGCCGAACAAUCCUGGGCAUGUUGAUGUACAGUCCUACCAUGACAACCGAUGAAGAACACAGCACCACUUUCUACAUGCAGCCCGCAGCCAACCGGCCAAAUGAGUUACCGUGCAGCAAGUAAUGGCUUCUUAGCCACUCCCGUAAGAGCGUCCAAGUAUGUGUGCCUAUGAUUGGACACUUUAGGCUGUAUACAAGUACCUGACAUGGAAGAGUGAGGAAGCAAAACACAGAGUUUGCUAGUGUUCCGCAAUCAACCUUUCUGAUCCGAAGGUUUCCCACUGCUUCAUUGUAGCAGUCAAAUCAGAUUCAUCCGUUCACCAUACGUGCAGAAAAUGCAUUGCGCUGCUCGUUAGUGCAGGCAGCUGCCUUUCUUUUUGAUGGUCCGUGUGCAUACAAAGUUUGACAAUCUCUGAUAUCAGCAAGAAGCCAGCAGCGCCAUCCGGAUUUUUGCUGUUCUUUACAAUAGGGUUCUUCAGUGUAUGGAGCUGUUCUAUUCUGCUGCUGGCACUCUUGAUAUGACCUGAUCUCCUUUGAGCAGGUAGUUUGUAAGUACCGCUUACCUCCAUCAUGUUACCAUGUUUAUCCUCCCUUUCUUUUUUUUCCUUAGGGUCUAACACUUGCACCAUGCUGCGCAUGCUUCAACUCUUGGCCGAUGGCAGACUAUGCUCACUUGCUCCUAUGAUACUAUCACUUGCCCCCCCCCCCCCCCAACCAGGACUAGCUUAUGGCACUUGCACUGCAAGAUUUAGUAAGCUUCACAAUUUUACUGUUCUUCAGCCUGUAAA